GGAAAAUAACAAGGGGAGAGCUGGUGAAAGAGGGAAGAGCAAUGAAAAAGCGAGAAAGAGGGUGAAAUCACAGCAGCACAGAGGAGAGACCAAAACAAGGAGGAGAGGAAGGAUGAGCGGAGGAGAGAGCGCUGAUCACUGAGGUCUCCAGAGAGGAGAGGAAGGAGAUGAGCAGGGAGAGGGGGGUGAGCAGCCAGUACUGAGAACAUCUAUCAGCUCAGGCAGCCAUGCUCUGAGCCCUGGAGCAGCAGGGCUACGCAGACACUGCACAGGCCCAACAUCAGGCCCAGCUCAGCCCUCCGUCCCAGCCACAAACACCAAGGCAGGGAUAAAAGAAGAUUCUCCUCACAUCAGCUGUGGAUAAGAGCCAUGAGGACCGCCAGGAAGGGCAGCGUGGAGAUGCCUGCAUUUAUGCGGCAGCUGGUGAAAGAGACAGAGAAGAGGGUCAGCUCUUUCUUCAAAGGGGGCCGUGGAGGAGCAGCAGAGGGGGAGCAACCAGGGGAUGGAGAGAAGGAGGAGGUCAUCCCCAGCCCCUACCUGGACCGGCCGGUCUUGGACAAGCUAACAGAGGAGGGAUGCGCUCGCUGGGGCCUCACCUAUGCCCUGGGAAGCAUGCAGGGCUGGAGGGCCAACAUGGAGGACUUCCACAACUGCGUGCCACAGCUGGGUGGAGAGCUGGCUGACUGGAGCUUCUUUGCUGUGUUCGAUGGUCAUGCAGGCAGCACGGUGGCACAAUACUGCUCCCAGCACCUUCUAGGUCAGGUGCUGGCCACAGGUGGGUUAGGACCAGAGGAUGACCCUGAAAGGGUUAAAGGAGCCAUCAUCGAGGGUUUCCUGCAAACAGACAAGCACCUGCACUCUGUAGCACGUCGAGAGGGCUGGGAGAGGGGUGGUACCACUGUGGUGUCCACUCUCAUCUCACCAUAUUACAUCUACUUUGCCAACUGUGGUGACUCGAGGGCCAUGCUGUGCCGGUCUGGCCAAGUCUGCUUCUCCACUGAGGACCACAAACCUUACAGCCCUCUGGAAAAAGAGCGUAUUGAGAGCGCAGGAGGCUCUGUGUCCAUCCAACGCAUCAAUGGCUCCCUGGCAGUGUCCCGUGCUCUGGGGGACUUCAGCUAUAAGGGAGCAGAGAACCGGACGCCCACCCAGCAGAUGGUGUCACCAGAGCCAGAGGUGUGUGUGGUGGAGCGCUCACCAGCAGAUGAGUUCCUGGUGCUGGCCUGCGAUGGAGUGUGGGACACCAUCAGCAACGAAGACCUGUGCGCCUUCAUCCACAAUAGGCUGCGUGUCUGCACUGACCUAAGAGAUGUCUGCACCCAAGUCAUUGACCUCUGUCUCUAUAAGGGUAGCUUGGACAACAUCAGCAUCAUCCUGCUGUGCUUCCCUGGAGCCCCCCAGCUGUCAGCUGAGGCAUUACACCAGGAGGCUGAACUGGAGGACCUGCUGGAGUCCAAAGUAGCAGAGAUUUACAGUGAGCUGUGUGCCAGAGGGGAGGAACCUGACCUGCUGUCUGUCCUCACAGUCCUCGCAUCCACUGCCAUCCCUGGAUUACCACCAGGUGGAGGCAUACAGAGCAAGAGGAACUGCAUUAUUUCUGCUUACUAUCAACAAAGAGAGACACACAAGCCCACUCUACCAAAUGGCAUGGGAGGGUCCUGAGGACCCUGACUUGAUUUUGUCUCUAAGGAUCCAUGGAGGGACUGUAAUUAAUGUCAAUAUUAAAACUGUUUUCUUCAUGUGUGCACUUUGACAAAAAGGGAGAUGAUGAACAGACAGUGUUGUUUGUUUACAUCAUACUUAGCAAGCAGCAUCUUGUUAAAACAAAUACAAUGCAAAAAUAGCUCUAAUAAAGCCUGAUACAUUUUAUAUUUAUACAAGAAGGACAUUUUGUAAAACUUACUCAGAGAUACUGAUCCAGCAACAAACCUCUGCCUCAUAUUCAGUGAACAGAAGAUACAGAUGAUAAUUUCAAAUGACAGUCUGUAAAACUGAAUAACAACCAGCUGUGAAAUUGUACAUUUUCAUUGGAUAAAAUAAGGAACAUGAGUAUAUAUGUAGAGUUGUAUUUUAAAGAUGUUUUAAGAACAGAUAUAAUAAAAUAAUAGUUUUUAAUCAUUUCAGUUUGCCUUUCCUCACCAGGAAGGAAAAUGUGUUAGUGCUAGCCAAAAGCUAGCAUGCUGCUAGCAUAUGCCCUUUAAUUUCAAUGGGGAGUGCUAACAGUGCUAGCGGUUGGGCAGCUGAUGGGAAUGCACAAAUUUAGCUUUUUCCCUCGUGGUCGAACGUGACGGGCAAAUAAAUAAACGCUAAUUAAAAGUUUGACUCUACUAAUUAAAUCUCAACACAUACACACACUUAGUUAAGAAAAAAUACAUUUCACACAUAAACUGUAAACUCUUUUUGAAGAGAUGCUUACUUCUACAUUAUUAUUAUUAUUAUUAUCAUCAUUAUUAUUAUUGUUAUUGGCCAAAUACCCUAAAAUCUUUAUUUACUGACCAAUUCAAAUAGAUUUUACAAGAAUAAGUUCUACUUAACAUAUAUAUUAUAAUAAUAAUAACCAUUUUUCUAAACACUUUCUUCAGUACAGGGAUGUGAAAUGUCUUUUUUCCUAUAAGUUUGAUGAUAUGUACAGUGCUGCCUUAUUUAUCUUUUAUAUAGAUGAUAAAACAAACAGCAUCAGAAAGGGUCAGUUUCAGGAUGGGUCAUUUUACCUGCAUCAUAUAAUGCAUUGUUAUAUUAUUUCAGUGAGUAAUUUCCUGUGUAUAGAGAUUAUGUUAUGAGUCAUGAUUGUUUUAAACCUAAAUAAAAAGUAUUUAAUUGA